CAAACUGCAAUCUGACCACAGAAUCGGAAAAGAACGACAGCAAAGACAAGACCACAAUGGGACAGCGCCGGGUGAUUUCAUCAAAUUUAUCAAAAAUCCCUUACAAGACGUCCGACAGGAGUAGAAAAACGCAAUCGAUACGCAUUUAAGGACUUAUUGAAGUGGAUCAGAUACACACAGAACGAACCGAACGACGAAAAGUCAAUAGUUUUUCCUAAGGGAGGAAGUUUAUUGUGGCGAAGGAAAUAUAAUAGACCGGGUAGGCAGGGUGGGUCUGCGGAAAACAGCCAGAGCGUGGUACAGUCAGAAUACAAACUCACCCACCCAGCAAGCAAGCCAUGGAGGAGUUCGGGUCAGCGUUGGAAAAGAAUGUGACCGAUUUAACGGUUAUGGACGUGUAUGACAUAGCCGCGGUAGUGGGCCAAGAGUUUGAGAGGAUCAUUGAUCAGUACGGCUGCGAGGCUCUGUCCAGGCUCAUGCCCAAAGUAGUGCGGGUGCUGGAAAUCGUGGAGGUGAUGGUCAGUAGGAACAGCAUCAGCCCGGAGACAGAUGAGCUGAGGCUGGAGCUGGAUAAACUACGGCUGGAGAGGAUGGACCGGCUGGAGAAAGAGAAGAAACACAAGAAGGUCACAAUUAUCUUAUACAGGAUGAGAUAAAUAAUAGGCCUGAGAUUAAUAAUACGGGUAGUUGUUACCAAACGUAGCCUAAUUUAAAACAGUAGGCCUAAUAAUAGGCAUAAUAGCCUAAUAAUUUAUGGUGAAGAUAUGACAAUACUGGUAACAAAAAAUAGAAAAGAAAGAAUGAAAACAAAUAGAAAGAACAGAAAGAGAAGGCAACUAAUUUGCCAUCAUGAGAAUAAUGCAAUUACAUUGUUAUAACAAUAACUUUGAAAAGUGUACUAGGCAUUUUGAAUAGUUGGCCGAUACUAUAUAUUAAUAUAAUUGAAAAUCUAACCACUGAUAUACCCCCUCUAAAAUAUGAAUCUGACAUUAAUGACAACUUGAUUGACUGUGGAUAGGCUACAUUGUUACAUUUCACUUAUUGUAUUGCUAUAUGUGGGCUAUUAUGUCACAGAAAUCAAUUAGGAUAUGUUUGAUAUAGAAACAUUAUAGCAUUAUUGAGUUGGGGCAAUAGCCAAGGUAGUCUAUUAGGAAAAAGCACAACUCUUCACUUUUUUUUGUUGUUGAUUUAUUUCACCUUUAUUUAACCAGGUAGGCCA